AUGGGUGAUGUGCAGAAGGGGCUGCUCUCCGUCAUCCAGAGGCUGAAAGGAUCCCCGGAGCAGGAGCUCCGCAUCGUCCUGCUGGGGCUGGACAACGCGGGGAAGACCACGCUGCUGAAACGCCUGGCGUCCGAAGAGGUCAGCACCAUCACACCCACCCAGGGCUUCAACAUAAAGAGCGUCCACUCGCAUGGCCUCAAGCUAAAUGUCUGGGAUAUUGGGGGGCAGCGCUCCAUCCGCCCAUACUGGAGGAAGUAUCUGGGCAGCACAGACCUGCUGAUUUAUGUCAUUGACAGUGCAGACCAGAAGCGUUUUGAGGAGACAGGACAGGAGCUGGCAGAGCUCACUGAGGAGGAGGCUCUCACAGGGGUCCCGCUGCUGGUGUUCGCCAACAAGCAGGACCUAGUGACUGCUGCACCCGCAGCUGAAAUCGCAGAAGGGCUGAGCCUCCACACCUACCGGGACCGGGAAUGGCAGAUCCAGGCCUGCUCAGCCUUGUCUGGGGAAGGAGUGCAGGAUGGGAUGAAUUGGAUUUCCAGCCAGAUCAUGAAUAGGAAGAAGUGA